AAAAUACUUUGUGACCAGCGUACAAACCGAGACUGUCGCCGAGCUCCCGUCUGCUCCAUCGCCAUGUGAUAUCUCUCUCUUUCUCUGUGUAGCUCUGCAACCCUUUUUGUUGUUUUCGAAAAAAAAAACUUCUUUUUUUAUUUUUUUUCUGGAUCAACUCGCCGGAUUCCGACGAACCCACGAGAGAAUGAUGAGAAGGGCAUCGAAUUUUGUAUAUCCAAAAGUUUAGAUUUUCCGAGAAAUUUUUUCGCUGCAAUUUUUCAUAUCAAAUAUCAGUGAAGACCCAACGGCUCUUUCUCCGCAUUUCUCCGGUCUCUGUCCCUUCAUCUCCACUUCUUCAUCAUCAUCGUCUCUCACCAGAACCAGAAAAACCCAGGAAGAGAAAGCUCCAUUACAGUGGAAAGGCUUAAACCAACACGAAAAAUAAGCGUUGUUUCUGAGGAAAUUGUUCGUUUUGUUGGUGGGUUUUGUCAUAUUGUUUUAAAUGAAGGGAUAAAGAGAGCGCGCAGGAACAAGGGGGAAAUGGGGUUUAUAGUGAGAAUGCAGCUGAAUCACAGAGGAAGAACAGCAGAGGAGGAGAAGAGCUUCGCCGUUGUCUUCUUAUUCUUCUUCAGAAAUUAUUGCAAAUGGGUCCUCUGUCUCUUCCUCUCUCUGUAUUUCUUCACCUCGUACUUUGUCGAAGACAGGCCGUCGUUGUCGUCUUCGUCGAGCUCUGUUCUCAGAACCCAUCUUUCGGCUAGCCAUAAAUCAUCUUCGUCACUCGCAUCUCGUGCCCUGAUUGAAUCUUCCGCCGUUAACAUCACCUCAAUGGUGAGACCAGGUAUAUUCAAAGGCAUGAGGAUAUACAUCUACGACUUGCCGGCGAAGUACAACUCCGACUGGGUCGCGUCCUCCGACCGCUGCGCCACCCACCUCUUCGCGGCGGAGGUCGCCGUCCACAGAGCCCUCCUCUCCGCCGCCGCUGUCCGUACGACAGAUCCGUACGACGCCGACUUCUUCUUCAUCCCAGUCUACGUCUCCUGCAACUUCACCACCUCCAAUGGCUUCCCUUCGCUCGGUCACGCCCGCUCCCUCCUCGCCUCCGCCGUCGACUACGUCUCGACCCGGUUCCCGUUCUGGAACCGGACCCAUGGCUCCGACCACAUCUUCGUUGCGUCCCACGACUUCGGCGCUUGCUUCCACGCCAUGGAGGAAAAGGCGAUUGAAGAUGGGAUUCCAGAGUUUAUGAAGAAGUCCAUAAUUUUACAGACAUUUGGGGUCACUUACAAGCAUCCAUGUCAAGACGUAGAACAUGUGGUGAUCCCUCCGUACGUCUCGCCGGAAAGUGUACGGAUAACACUCGAUAAAGCUCCGGCGAAUGGCCGGAGAGACAUCUGGGCGUUUUUCCGGGGGAAAAUGGAGGUCAACCCCAAGAACAUCAGCGGUAGCUUCUACAGCAAUGCCAUCUGCGGCGGUUCCAGGGGAGUGAGAACGGCGAUUCUGAAGAAUUUCGCCGGCAACCGCCGCUUCUACAUCCAACGACGCCGUUUCGCGGGCUAUCAGUCGGAGAUCGUGCGGUCGGUGUUUUGCCUCUGUCCUCUCGGGUGGGCCCCGUGGAGCCCUCGGCUUGUAGAAUCCGUCGCGUUGGGCUGCGUCCCCGUCGUAAUCGCCGACGGUAUUAGACUGCCGUUCCCGGAGGCAGUACGGUGGCCGGAGAUCUCUCUCACGGUGGAGGAGAAAGACGUGGCGAAGCUCGGUAAAGUGUUGGGACACGUUGCGGUUUCCAAUUUGUCCGUCAUUGAGAGGAAUCUCAAUGAUCCGGCAGUGAAGCGGGCCCUCUUGUACAAUGUUCCCAUGAUGGAAGGAGAUGCCACGUGGCAGAUUCUCUUGGCGCUGUCGAAGAAGAUCGAUCGGUCGUAUCGUAGGUCUAUGGUUAUUAGCCAAUGAUGGGAAGACACGUGGAAAUUAUCCGGAAUGGAUGCCAGGCUGGCAUAUAUGGUGGAAGAUUUUCAUAGGGGGAACAUGGAUUGAACACGUGUUUCUGCUGAGCUGUCGUUCUGUGAUUGGAUCCACGAGCGAUGUCCGCGUUGACCAGCGUAAAGUAAUUUUCUGAAAAUGUAGGGAAGCAAUUCUUUUAUUAUUAGAAAUCUAUAUAUAUAAAUAAUUGUGUCCGAAAGAUUGUGGUGAAACCACCUUAUCUCAAUGUCAUCA